ACUCAUUUCUCUAUGCCACAGACGCCAAAUGUCGCCAUCGAUCAAUGACAUUUUGUGAAGUUGAAUUUAUUGAUAUAAAGCGUUAAUGUAAAUAAUAAACAAUUUUAUCAUAAAAGUCGGCUUCCAGUCGAUAUGUAUGCCAAGGGCAAAGGCUCUACGGUGCCUUCGGACGCUCAGGCUCGUGAAAAGUUGGCGCUGUAUGUGUAUGAGUACCUGCUUCAUGUCGGCGCCACCAAAGCCGCACAGACGUUCCUCUCAGAAAUCCGAUGGGAGAAGAAUAUAACGCUCGGGGAGCCGCCAGGGUUCCUACAUUCGUGGUGGUGUGUAUUCUGGGACCUGUACUGUGCGGCUCCCGAGCGUAGAGAUACGUGCGAACACUCAUCAGAAGCAAAAGCAUUUCACGACUACGGCUUUGUCAAUUCUGGCUAUGGAGUCAACGGAAUCGGUCACAACGCAGGCCCUGCGCCUCCGAACGACGGCAUGGGCGGCGGCGGAAUGCCGCCCGGUUUCUUCCCGAACUCGCCGCUGCGGCCGUCGCCGCCGGCGCCGCAUCCGGGCUCGCAGCCGUCGCCGCACGGGCCGCAGCCGCAGCUCAUGGGCACCGGCCAGCCGUUCAUAGGCCCGUGGUACUCCGGCGGCGGCCCGAGGGGCGCCGUGCGGAUGGGAAUGGGCAACGAUUUUAAUGGACCUCCAGGUCAAGGCAUGAUGGGCAACUCGAUGGAGCGCGGCGGCGGCGCCGGCUCCGCGGGGCUGCUGGGCGGGCCGCGCAUGACGCCGCCGCGCCCCGGCAUCGGGCCCAUGAGCCCCGGGGCCUACGCCGCGGGCAUGCGCGGCCCUCCGCCGCAGGGACCAGGUAUGCCACCGAUGGGAAUGGGACCCCGUGGCGCGUGGGCCGGCGGCAGCGGCGCCGGCGGGGGCGGAGGCUCCGCGCCCCUCAACUACAGCGGGGGCUCCCCGGGCGCCUACGGGGCCCCGCCCGGCAGUAACGGGCCCCCCGGUCCGCCCACACCGAUCAUGCCGAGCCCGCAAGACUCUUCGAACUCUGGCGGCGACAACAUGUACACGCUGAUGAAGCCGGUGGGCGCGGGCGCGCUCGGCGCCGAGUUCCCGCUCGCCGGCGAGCACGGCCCGCAGCCGCCGCAUCUGCCUCAGCCGCCGGCCAGUGAAGGAUUAGGAGGUGUGGACGGCAUGAAGUCUUCCCCGGGCGGCGUGGGGGGCGGAGGCCCCGGGACUCCCAGGGAAGACUCCGGAUCAGGAAUGGGUGACUACAACAGUUUAAGUUUCGGCGGCCCAGGCGGAGAUCAAAACGACCAGACCGAGUCGGCGGCCAUCUUGAAAAUCAAAGAGAGCAUGCAAGAGGAGGCGAAACGAUUCGAGAAAGACCCAGACCAUCCGGACUACUUCAUGCAGUGAAUCGCGCGAUGGUCGGCCGCCAGCUCGCCAAGAAAAUGAUAUCAAUUUUUUUCGGUAUCAUUUUUGUUGCCGAAAAAAUUGGUACCAAUUUUUUUCGGUAUCGAAAUUCGUCUAGCAAAGUAUUUUGGUGAUCUCAAAAUUUGUUUUUGGCGGGUUGGCGCCGCCUCGCGUUAUGUUUUCCAACGAUCUGAAGAGGAUUUAUUUUAAACUUUUUUUUGUAAUAGAAAUUCUUUGACUUUUUUCGCACGUUAUUUAUUGUUUAGAGACACUUAUAGUUUUCGCGCAUUCUUCCUCUGGUGUGUUUGUGACUCUUUGGACAGUUUAAAAAGCUUAUUUUCAAAAUUAUGUGCCAAUCAAAUUGAAGUUCCUUUAAAUCAUAUGUAUCAUUAGUGUAAUCAUGCUUAGAUUAAUAAUAAACAAAAUAGGUUUAAAUCUGUAAUGAAACAUCUUAAAUGAUCAAGCAGUUGAACGUCAGUCAAACGUUGUGUUGUUGAACAAAUCAGUGCAAUUUAGUUCUGAUAAAUCAAGUCUGAUAUCAAGAAAUGGAGUCCCAUCGCAUUUCUUAAUUUCUAUCAAAUAAAAAACUAUCAUCUUACUUUAAUUUAGAGCUGAUCUGCACUGUUAAAGGACUUACAGCCUUACUAAAGACUGUCGAUUCGACAGUUUAAUUCUGUUGUUCAAAUACAUUCAAAAGUUUUACAGCCGGACUGUUUUAGAUCAAAUGUAGGCUGCCUGAGUAUUACAAAACAGCUAUCAAAAUACAAUCUCAGACAUAGAUUCAGACCUUUUAUUGGUCUAAAUAUUGAAAUUCAAUCAGAAGGGUCAAUCUAUGAUUGAAAUUUGGAGUUUUGAGCGUCUUUGUAAUACGCACCUAAGUGAUACUUAGCCUACUGAAAUCUACGUUAAAAAACUGUCGAAAUUAGUGGCAAUUGUGUUCUGUCAGUCUAACUCGUUCAAUUUAGAGCAGUCAAACUGUAUAAAUUUGCUUUCGCCUUAAUUUAACGCUUUCUCCCUGGUGUGUGGCUGCAAAGUUUGACAGCUCCAAAUUGUUGUAUGUUCAAGUUUCUUUUAGUUAGACUGGUGUGACAUAAUUGCCACCAAUGACAGUCUUCUGAAGCUGUGAGCAUCACUACAGUCAUGACAUUUGACAGCUGACAGCUUGAUGAAAAAUACCAGCGCAUUGCAGAGUUAUUCCCGGGUAUCUACUUAACAUUAAUAUUAUUUUUCUCGCUUAUUCAUGUAUUUAUUUCUUUUCUUCUGUCUCAAGAGUCAAAACAAAGCCUUUGCACAUAGUUGAGAUAAAAAGAGAAACUUAAUUAGUGAUAUUCUAUGUAUUAUCUAUAAUAUUUAGUUAUUUAGAUUUUUUUAAUCGAAUAAAGUAUGUAUGUAUUGAUAUUACAUAAGCACUGAGGUUAUUUGACGUCUGCACGUCUUUAAAACGUGGUUUCAAAGCUAGACAUAAAGAUUAUGUGGACUGUAGCAUGGUAUACUACACUGACGGUGAAAAAACUUUUAAAAAAAAUCUGUCGCUUUAAAUCAACAGAUUGUAAAAAAUGAUCUGUCAUAUUUAGUAAAAAAGCACAACAAGAUAAAUGAAAUUGAACUUUAUUAUAAUCAAUGUUUUUAAUGGAUUAUAUUAUGCAAUAUUACUUAUUAAUUAUUAUACUUUUUAUGAAUUAUACGUUAAAAUCUAAUGGUUUUCAUUUUAAUGAAAAAUAUUAUUUAUACAAUACUGUACAAAUAUUUAAUUAAAUUUGAAAAUCCUUAGGCAUUGACCCUACCUCUGGUAGAAGUUAUACAAUUUUAAAAAUACAUUUUAAUGAGUUUUAAAAUAUAAACUACGCGUUCGUGCUACAGUUCAAAUAAGUAUAAUUUAAGUAUACGCACUACAUUGUACUGCGUUCAUAGUAAUAAUCACAUCAACAAAUAAAACUUUCUUCCUCGUAACUUUUCGUUAAAUAAAUUAUUUAGCGUUAACAUAUUGUUUUAAGUUCUUAAUGUUCCUAGAUUAUGUAUUUUUUGUAUUCUUAAGAUCUUCUUGGGAUAUUUCGGUGCGUCUGUGUUGGAUGUAUCGGCGUUGUUGUUUGAAUCACUGAACCACUUUCACCGCUUGCUGAUCAAGUCCCUGUUAGCCUGCAAUCUGUAAGGAUAUCUGUCAGAUAAACUACAACAUUUGGUUUAACAUAUUUAUAUUUGUUAGAAAAAAUCACCAUAACCAGCAGCCUCUAUUUUUAGAUAGCGUUAUCUGUCAGAUAACUGUCUGAAACUUGAUCAAGAAACGGUGAAACUGACCAUAAAACAAAUGCAAUGUGAAGUGACUUUUAUUAAUUUGACAUAAUACUUAGACGUGAGCAGUUAACGGAAUUAAGGCAACAUUUUUAGUAUUGCAAAUAGUGUCGAGUUUAUGUUGUACAGUGAAGGCGAUAAAGCUAAGCAAAAAAGUGGUAAAUAAUCCAAGUAAUACAACUUAUAAGAUAUGAAAUAACUUAAUCCAUUUCAAUAUUUGGGAAAUUUUAUUAAAAACAUGUCACCGGAUUUAUUUUAAAUUGUAAAAAGCAUCACUUUGAAUAUCACAAUAUUAAUCCAUUACUUACUUGGUUUUUGUUUUUUUCUUGUUCGAUUUGAUGACAUUAGAAUUUUUGGUGCAGUUUAAAAAAAGUGAUCUAAACAACAAUGUCGGCUUAUGGUCAAGUCUCUGAUUUAAUUAAAGUUUUGAUGCGCGAUUGAAUUUUAUAUUUGAACAAAAAAAAACUUUCAAAAAAUUGGUAUCAAAUAAAAUUCCUCUCGCACCAGAACAAGCAUUUAUUCAUGUUAUAUAAAUUAUGGAUUUUACGAUAUUUCUCACGCGAUAAACAGCAUUAUCUAGAUGUAAUAUGACGCUUAGGCAAUUAGCUCAAAAAUGUGUUCAACGUCGAUACCGGAAAUUUUUAAAUUUUUUGUUCUUGCCUGAACACAUUUUUGAGCACUAAGCUUCGAGAUUUUGGGUGGAAAUUUUUAUGGAAAUUUUAUACCAUGAGAUAGUGAUGUGUUGUAAUAGUUUUUUUUUUUCACUCUCUUCAUUGAUGUAGCAUAGGAUUAUAUUUUUCUUGGGGUGUAUGGAAAUCUGUAUAAAUUAGAAUAUUUCAUAGAUUUGGAGAGGUAGAUUUUAAGUUUUGGGGCGUCUGCUCUGUCCAUAGUUCUGCGCAAGUUUGGGUUCUUUUAGUGAUACCAAAAAAAAACGAUACCUCAAAGAUCGAUACCGAUUUUGAAUCUCGACUGAUGUUCGGACACGCCCAUUUCAUUGAUAAAUAAUACAAAUUGUAAAUAAAAUCAAUUUGAAUGUGUAAUUGUGGUGUAUUUAAUUUUUUGAUAGAAUUUUUUGUGUCAAAAAUGAAUAAAAAAAUAAAUAAUAUAUCAAUUUUUAGCGAAAUUUACACUAAACGGACCCAAAAAUUGUAAAUUUAAAUGCAGCGUUGAAUAAAAGAUUAGGGUUAAGUGAACUUAGUGUAAACAAAAAAAAAUAGAAUUUCGACAAAAUGUCGGUUGACAGACAACCGGCAUGUUUUUUUAAAGAAUAUAAUAAUUUAAAAUUGGUUAUUAAUU